AUGAUUGAUGCGAACGAGACUUUCGAUGGGACUUUUCCUUUCAAACCACACUAUUCGACAUCUGCUGGCUUCCGGAUGCACUAUGUCGAUGAAGGCCAGGGAUCACCUGUUCUCUGCCUCCAUGGGGAACCAACUUGGGGCUACUUGUACCGCGAGGUCAUACCCAUACUGGCCAAGAAGCACCGGGUCAUCGUCCCUGACUACAUGGGCUUCGGAAAAAGCGAGACACCUCAGAACGUGGAAUACACGGCUCGCCGUCACGCUGAUAACCUGGAGAGCUUGGUCAAAGAGCUCGACCUUCACAACAUCACCCUCGUUGUGCACGACUGGGGGGGACAGAUCGGCGGAGCUUUGGCUCUGCGCCAACAACACCGCAUCACCCGCAUCGUCGUCAUGAAUACGCUUCUUUCCUUAGGGAUGCCCGCUGAGGACGACUGCUGGAAGCGAAAUGCAGCAGAAUCAGCUUGGUUUUCUUGGGCAGACCGCGCCGUCAGUGACGGCACCUUCGAAGCGACUCUGCGGAAUGCCGGUGUGGCUAUUGUUGGGCUCAUGAAGCUGCUUCAGGGUUUCGAGCGUCGUGACGCCCCGGAAAGCUUCUUCCGCGCCUAUUCAUCGCCCUUUGACACGCCCGACGAAUGCCACGGUGUUAUCGCCUUCCCCAAGAGCAUCGUUACCGGCUCGUUCAAAGCCGAGCAAGGUACAGCCGAGGCGCGGACUGCCGUACGCAGCAAGCCUGCCAUGAUGAUAGAAGGCACCCGCGACAAGGUUCUCCUCGCCAAGUACUUUGUCCCGGUCUUCCAAGCAGCGUUUCCAAAUGCUCCAAUCCAUUAUCUGGACAAUGCAAGCCAUUUCUGUCUCGAGGACGCUCCGGAAGAGAUCUCGAGGCUUAUUCUGGAUUUCAUCAAGAGCACAUGA